UUGGAUCUGACCUCUCGUCCCCGGUUCCUCUGUGCUGCCGGCGUCAACACAUCGCACCACACUUGAGUCAGGUUAUUCCUCCCGAUCUCCUCCCUUCCUAUAACCUCCAGUCCUCCUCGAUCUCGACCUCCUCGCUAUCCUCUGCGCCCGCCGACGUGGGCCGCGUCUCCGUAUCCUUGGCCAUGCCGGCGGCGGCAGCGAUGCGGUCUGGCGUCGGCGCCGACGGAGCCGACGGAGUUCUCCUUGCCCAUCAAUCUUGUGUCUGGACCAAGCACGACACCACCUCGGUGUUGAACGCCGUGAUAAUGCUAAUGCCCGCUCGGGCUCAAAUCCCCCUCCCCCACGAGCUCCCCCCUCGACGCGCCGCCACCCACGCUCAGACCUCGCCGCCGCCCAUGGCCUCCCCCGAAGAAAAGAGAAGAGAAGAGACGCAGGGAGAUCGAACCACCAGAUCGAGUGGCGGCCAGAUCCAUCUGCCACGGUCGCCCAGGGCUCGCGCGCCUCCGACGACGCGGCCGUGCCCGUGUGUCAAGGGCCUGGUCGGAGAUGCUUCUGCUCCGCCAUGGCCAUGGAGCUUCCUCCCAAUCCAAGGUCUUGGACUGGACGGGGACGGCUGCUCUUCCAAGGGCACAAUGAUGAAUUUUAAGGACGAUGCUCCUGGUACACAACAUCCUUACUUCAUAAUCACCUAUCUGAAUGGUGCACAACAUCAAUGCUUUGUUAAUGCUAAGUCUCAUGAUUGUUUUUGUGUGCAGGAAAGAAAGACUCUGUUCUCUUAACAAGGAUGAAGUAUAACAGCAUACAAAAACCAACGUGGACAACCCACAUCUGGUAAAUUGUUUAGCAUUUGCUAUAAUGCAUAGAAUCUUGGUGUGGGUUAAAUUGCUUUACACAUUUACACUUGUAUAAUUGUUCUGUAUGC